AUGGGGCCAGCAGAAACAGUACCACAGCUUCUCACGAGCCAGAACUCUAGUGAUGCUGAUGGCGCCAACUUGGAUCCAAACAGCUUCUUUGGAUACAGUCCGGGUUCGUCUAAUGGAGGCUCUUCAGAAUGCCCACGUCUGGUGGAUCAGAAAGUCCAAGAUAUACCUAUUGCGAUUGUGGGUAUGGCAUGCAGGUUGCCUGGUGAAUGCUCAUCGCCCUCUAAGUUGUGGGAUUUCCUUUGUGAGGGAAAGAGCUCUUGGAAGCCUAAAGCACCCAAAGACCGGUUCAACUGGGACGCUUUCUCCCAUGAAGAUCCAGAUUUUGAAGGCACAUUCUCUGUAGCCGGUGGUCAUUUCAACGACUACAUCGAUCUGACACGGUUCGAUUCGGCCUUUUUUGGAUUACCGCCAUCUGAAGCAAGGAUCCUCGAUCCACAGCAGAGGCUUCUGCUGGAAGUAUCUUAUGAGUGCCUGGAAAAUGCAGGGAUUCCGAUGGAGAAUGUAGCUGGCAGGAAGGUGGGAUGCUUUGUUGCAUUCUCUAUGGGAGAAUACGGCAGGCUAUGGGACAAAGAUCUUGAGGUGCAGCAAAACUACCACGCUGUCGGGACAGGCGAGGCCAUAUAUGCCAACCGCAUUUCCCAUGUCUAUGACCUCGCGGGACCCAGUGUGUCGUUCGACACGGGUUGCUCCGGAGGCAUGGUUGGCCUUGACAUGGCCUGCAAUUACCUGUCCAGAGGGGCCAUAGAUGGUUGCUUCGUUGGAGCGAGCAAUCUGACGCUGCUCCCGGAGGUCCUGGGCAGAAAACCACGGCUGCUCUCACGGAGCGGGAAGUGCCACACCUUUGAUAGCGCUGCCGAUGGCUUUUCGCGCGCUGACGGCACCAGCGUUGUCUUUCUUAAGCGUCUGGAUGAUGCAAUCCGAGACCGUGACCCCAUCCGUGCUGUCAUCAAAGCUGUCUCCACCAACUUUGACGGCAGGACACCGGGCAUCUUGAUGCCGAGCAAGGAGGCGCAGAUGGCCAAUAUUCGCCAGGCCUACACGAAAGCUGGGAUUCACAACUUAGGCGACACUGCAUAUUUUGAAUGCCACGGGACGGGGACGCCCACUGGGGAUCCCAUUGAGGUCGAUGCCAUCGGACGCAUUUUCGCAUCGUCCAAGUCAGCCGAUGAUCCUCUCUUGAUCGGCUCCGCCAAGACGAACUUGGGCCAUUCCGAGGCAGCGAGCGCCUUGACCCAUAUCAUCAAGGCGUCCUUCAUUCUAGACCUGGGCCUGAUCCCAUCAACAGUCGGCAUCACGAAUUUGAAUCCCGCUAUCGACUUCUACCAAAACAGGAUCAAGGUGGUUCAAGAACUCACACCUCUCCCCAAGAAGGAAAUCAGAAGAGUCAGUAUACAGGCAUUCGGAUAUGGCGGAGCAAAUGCACACACGAUCCUUGAGUCUGCCAAGGACCAUCUAAAAAAUACAUGGGAAGCAGACCGCUGCACAUACCGGUACUCCAGGAAGUAUCUGUCCCAGCAAGUCCCAGACAUGAACGCCGGCCAAGUCAACGAUGAUCAAGAGCAUGCUUGUCGUCCAUAUCUUAUGAUCUCAUCAGCCAAUGAUAUACACUCCUUGCACCAAAAUAUCCAAGUUAUCCAUGAUCAUGUCAUGGAUCCAAAUACGACAGUUGAUAGGCUUGACCUAGCCUAUACUUUGGGUAUGAGGCGCUCGAAGCUCUUCUACCGUGGCUUCUCUGUUCUUGGCGCAGACAAGCCCAUUACUGAAGCUUUGAAGCUGGAGGCCUGGACAACUGGCAAGAAGGAAUAUCCAGCACCGCCCAGGAUCGGCUUCAUCUUGACCGGCCAGGGUGCCCAACGGGGGCAGAUGGGCAAACACCUGAUCGAGCAAUUUCCCUCAGUCGGCGCAACGAUGCUGAGGCUCGAUAAGUGCCUCGAACAACUACCAGAAUGCAACCGUCCAGACUGGUCCAUACGAGAAGAGCUCCUCAAGCCAGAAGAGAUGACACGGGUGAACGACCCGCGAUUCUCCCAGCCCCUCACCUGUGCUUUACAGAUCGCCAUCAUCAAUCUUCUUAGACAGUGGGGAAUUACCCCUACAGCUGGUGUCGUGGGCCACAGCUCGGGAGAAAUACCUGCUGCAUACGCCGCCGGCCUUAUCACUGAACGCAUGGCCAUUAUGAUAGGCUAUUUCCGUGGAUUCUCCAUCACCACUGAGCUUAGCAGCGAGGACAAAUUGUGGGCAGACGCGAGCAUGCUUGCCACCGGUCUGGGCAAGGAGGCCGCGCAAAAGUACUUAGACGACCUCGCGGAUACAGACCUUGUUGUGGCCUGUGACAACAGCCCAGAAAGUACCACAAUUUCUGGUGGUGUUGAGGCGCUGAACAAACUGCAGAAGAGACUGGAGGCCAAAAGGAUCUUCGCAAGACGGCUCAAGGUUACAAAGGCCUACCACAACCCCAAUUACAUGUCUGGGUAUAGUAUCAUUUUCAAGAAGGCGCUCGAGCAGGCCGCCACCUUCGUUGACGAUGAGGCGGUUCCCGUACGAAAUGUGUGUCCCAUGUUCUCAACAGCUAUCAAGGACCUGAAACUUCAGCCAGCCGAUGUGCAGACCGGAGAGUACUGGCGGCGCAACAUGGAAUGUCCCGUUCUCUUUAACGAGGCAGUAAAUGCCAUGUUAGAUGAGCCGAAUGAGACGCGAGCGCAGGUUUUCAUCGAGAUCGGGCCGUCAUCGACGCUCAAGGGGCCGGUGAGACAGAUACUGGCUACCGUGUCUGCUACCAAGAGCCUUGCGCCAGAAGAGGUCCCGAGAUACAUGCCGACACUGAUUGGAGGUUCAAAUUCGGCAGAGGACAUGCUUAAGACAGCCGGUACGUUGGUUAUGAUGGGCUGCCCUGUGGACACAGAGAAGGUGAACAGCAUGGAAGUGAAGGUGGAGUCCGCCACCAAAGGCAGAAGUGGAACAACGACGGUGAUUUCGUACAUCACGGGCAAACAAAUCGUCGACCUGCCUAACUACGCCUGGAACAAGACCAAAUCCAUGUGGUACGAACCUCGAGCCUCAAGAAACCACCGAUUCAAGCAGUUCAGGAGGCAUGAGAUUCUCGGCUCACGUGUCCCGGAUGGAAACCCCAUGGUGCCCACCUGGCGCAACCUACUCUCACUGGCCAACACCAAAUGGCUGCCACAUCACAAGCUGCAUGAUGACAUUGUCUUUCCGGCCGCAGGAUAUAUCUCCAUGGCAAUCGAAGCGGUGAGGCAGUACACACAUGACGCCUCGCAAGCUGUCCAGCUCCGCAAUGUUCAAGUCCGGAGCGCCCUAGUCAUGAACGUCGGCAACAACUCUGAGGGCAUCUACACCUUUCUAACACUGACGCGUGACCAUGCUGACUCCAAAUGGUUCGACUUCACCAUCUGCAACCAGCACACUGACGUUCACUGUUACGGGCAGAUCUCUGCUGUGGACAAGCGUCCUGUAUCCGACAGGGUCCUUCACGAUUUGUACCAAGAUGCACAGUGGGCUACCAGCGGUGCCUCAGGACGACAAUGGUACAAGCACUUCUCACGUAUCGGGUUCAACUACACUGAGAGUUUUCAGGUCAUCCAGACCGUCAGAACCCAGGCGGUGACGGCUGAAAAUACCGCAGGUUCAGCUAUACAUGCUGUUCUGCAGCUUCCUACCCUUUCUGCGCUCAAAUCUCGCUAUCUGGUGGCGCCAGCUAUCAUCGACGGCCUAAUGCAAUGCAUGCUUGCAGCCGCUGCCAAUGGCAAGCCUGGUGCGCUACGUGACUUGUGUGUGCCGACCAAGUUUGAUGAGAUUUACGUUGCACCGCCAUCUCUGUCGACAACGGCGUUGAAUUGCAUUGCGAAUAUUGUUCCUGAGGUCACAGACAGUGAAGCUAGCAAGAGCGGCAUCCUGGGCUCGGCUGAGGCUGUCGACGAGGACGGAAAUGUCGUGGUGCAUAUUCAUCGGCUCGCUUGCACCAAAAUUGAGGGUGCUCCGGCGGCGGCGGUCGACGGUGAUGGUGCUGAUGUGGUCGGUGGUGGCGAACUGACGCAAGUCCACAAGGUCAUCUGGAAGCCCGAUGUCUCGCUUCUAUCAUCCUUUGAUCCAUCGUUCCGAGAGAAGUUACGUGAGUCAAAGACUGGAACACUGUCUAUUUUAUUUGAUCUUUUGGCGCACCAAGACCCGGCUGCUUCGUACUUGGAGAUCAAUGGCGGCAGAGGGAACGUGUCGGUCGAGAUUCUGAGUGCAUUGGGAGCGGCAACCGUAUCCCCAAUGUUCGCAUCCUAUACAAUCACAGAAAAUAACGACGAGAUCUUGUCGAUGGCUGAAGAUAAGCUUGGGUCUCAUUUUCCCAGAGCUCAUAAUAUCUCGUACAAGACGCUUGCUAUCGAGAGCAUCGGGGACGGUCCAUCAGAGGAAAAUACUCAUGAUGUCGUCGUUCACAAAGUGAGUACGCGAAUAGUGUCCACGCCUGAUGACUCCUUGAGAGCCGUCCGAAGACUGAUGAAGUCCAACGGCAAACUCAUCCUCCUUGUGGACAAGUCAGCCCUUGUGUCGAGCUGUCUAGAGUGGAAAAAGGCUCUGUCCAGUUCUGGGUUUGGUCUUGUUGACGCAGACUUCAGUGAAAAUACGGAUGACUGGUCGCUGAUUCUAGUCGCAUCCACAACGGAUGGCGUCAACUGUUACCAGCCUGUUCACAGUAUCCUUCACGAGGAGACAAAGGUAUCCAGGAUCAUGUCUUCGAUUCUUUCAGGCAGGACUGAGGGGCAUGACAUGUUUCUGGAGACAGAGGAUGCUGUGCUAGUCUCUGCUGGCGUCCUCAACCCAGGCAUAUUGGCUGAAAUGUCAGAAGAGACGCUCCGUCUCAUCAAGUCGCUCAUCAGGAAAACCUCCAGCUCCUCUGACACUUCCAGCAAGCCGAAUCCAGCCCUCAUCUGGCUAUCUGCUUCUUGCCAGAUGAAUUCUGCUGCUGAGUCAAUGAAUUGCAGAAAAUUCAAUCCUGCUGGAGCCAUGAUUGCUGGAUUGGCAAGAGUUAUUUAUAGGGAAGAACCAGAGGUGUGCUUCAUCACGAUAGACAUUGACUCGUCCACACCUGCAGACGUGCUCACCCGUCUCGUUUUCCGAAUUCUCGAAAAGGUCUCCAAGCAGGGCUCUGCAGAGCGUGAGUUCGCGAUUCGAGGCGGUGUCGCUUAUAUCCAGCGCAUCGUCCCAGAUAGCCAAACAUUCCAAGUCCUGCAUCCUGCACUGGAGCCAGACAGCGAUGAGAACACAGUUGCUAUGACGACAGGAUCGUCAACCUGCGACGUGCAUCCAUCUUGGAAACUUGACAUCCUGCAGACAGGCUUGUUACAGACGCUCACAUUCUCCGAAGUCCCAAGGCUGGAGGGCGACAUGCCACUGGGAGAUCAUGACGUCGAGGUGGAGAUGAAGGCUGUCGGUAUCAACUUUAAGGACGUCGCCAUCUGUAUGGGCAUUCUCCCACAUAAAAACUUCGGUCUCGAGUUUUCCGGUGUCAUAAGUAAGGUCGGAUCCGCCGUCACCAAUGUCAAGGCUGGUGACCGCGUUGCUGGGCUGCCGGCCACCACGCAUGGCGCGUACAGGAGCCACAUCCGGGCGCCAGAUUACCUCUGCUUCAAGAUCCCCGAUGGGAUGACGUUUGAAGAAGCAGCGACGAUGCCAUGCAUCUUUUUCACCAAUAUCCACGCCCUUAUUCAACAGGCCCACAUGCGACCCGGUCAAACCAUCCUCAUUCACUCGGCAGCUGGAGGCGUCGGUCUCUCGGCCAUUCAGCUGGCCCGUUACCUCGGAGCUGGUGCCAUCUAUGCCACAUGUGGCAGUGAGGAGAAGCGUAAGUUUCUGGUCAAUAAUAUGGGCCUAAACCCGGCCAACAUCUUCAACUCGCGCACGACGCAGUUCCAGCGGGACAUCAUGCGCGCCACAAGAGGUAAGGGCGUCGAUAUCGUCCUGAACAGUCUCUCUGGCGACUUGCUGGAUGCUUCAUGGGCUUGCGUGGCUGAGACUGGUUGCCUGCUCGAGGUCAGCCGGGUUGACUUCCUCAAGAGAAACAAGUUGCAGAUGAGGAAGUUCUGCCAAUCGACCAGCAUUCAUGCCAUUGAUGCCAGUCAAGUCAUGAUGCUUGCUAACGUCUACAGGGCGACCAAGAUCAUGCAUGACCUCAUUCACCAGAGAGUCAUCACGCCCAUCCAGCCUAUGCAUACCUUUACCUUGGAUGAACUCGAGAGUGCUUUCCGGCUAAUGCAGAGCGGCAAGUCGCUCGGUAAACUGGUCAUCCGAAAUGCAGUAGCGCCUGACAAGCAAGUCAAGAUCCGCCGUUGUCCAGUGUUUGACCGCGUCACCUUUUCGCCAGACGCCUCAUAUCUCCUCAUCGGAUGCCUGGGUGGUAUCGGACGCAGUAUCACUCGUCGCUUAUUCGACAAAGGCGCCAGGAGUUUCAUCAUGCUGUCGCCCAGCGGCGACGACAAGCCUGAGGCACACGCUCUGGUCGGCUGGCUCCGGUGCUCCGGCGCGUCUGUCAAGGUGGUGAAGGGCAGCGCCUCCAACAUGGAAGAUGUCCAGAGAGCUAUGGGCAUGGCGCCGGCUGACAGGCCGGUCAAGGGAAUGAUACACUCGGCAAUGGUCUUGAAUGACACACCGUUUAUGACGCUUCAGAGUCCCGCUGAGUUUACCAAGGUCUCUGAUCCAAAGGUUCGCGGCGCCUUCAAUAUGCACAUGGCUUCGCUUGACCUCCCUACGCCGCUCGACUUUUUCAUCAUGCUGUCUUCGGUUUCGGGAAUCUUUGGGCAGUAUGGCCAGUCCAGCUAUGCUGCUGCCAACACCUACCUUGACGCUCUGGCUAUGCACAGGAGGGGCAUGGGCCUUGCUGCUACGAGCAUCGACCUCGGUUUCGUCGAGGAUGUGGGAUGGACCACCGAGAAUGAGGACCUUGACGCCAAGAUGGCCGCCAUGGGUAUCUUGACCGUCAGGGUGCAGGAGGCUGAACUGCUUAGGCUACUUGAGCUUGAGAUCUUUAGGUCAACUAACGAGAGAACCUGGAAGGGCGACCAAUUAUCGGCGGACUCGUUGAUGACCUUCGAAUGUCAAGCACAGACUGUGUUCGGUCUCUCUUCCACCACUUCGAAGCCGCCCAAGACGUACUCGGCACCCCGUUUGAGGGCUUUGCUCAACACUGGUAGCACCUCUGACGGCUCAAGCCCUCCCAGCGGACAAUCAGGACCUAGUGCGGCACUCAUUCAGGUUCUGAAAUCGACAAACCCGCGACCGGUUCUGGAAGCUAUCAGCCCUCUGGCCUUGGAAGCAGUGGUGCUGAAGAUGUCCGAGUUCUUGCUUGUCUCGGUCGAGGACAUUGACGGGGAGAGAAGCCCAGAGAGCUUCGGUGUUGAUUCUCUUGUUGCCGUUGAGCUGCGGACUUGGUUCAGAGACGGGUUCGGAAUUACUGUAAGCACAAUGGAGAUUUUGAAAUCGUCGAGUUUCAGGAGUCUAGCCGAGACGGUGGCGAAGAAGAUGUUAGAUAAAGUAGAAGCCAAAGCUUCAUGA